UUACUUAGUGAAAGGAGAGGAAAAGUGUUUAACAACAGAAGCACGCGAACAAGAAACGUCAAUCUAUGAGAGUGAAGGACUUCAUUGUGGCGGGAAAUGAAUGAUCUUGGCACUGGAAACACAACCUCGCCCCCGAAUAUCUACGCAGGCGAUUCGCCUAUAGAGAAAUCUUUUAAAUGUUUAGCUUAUGGUGUGGUUGUUGCACUGUCUGUCAUCGGUAACACAUUGAUUAUCUUUGCCUUUAAGCUUAAUAUUGAUGGAAAACUCCGCACGGUCAAUAAUAUGUUCAUUGUGAGCAUGGCUGCUGGAGACCUUCUUCUCACAGUGGCUAGCACGCCAGAGAGAAUCACAAGAAUUCUGGCUAACGAGCGAUGGAUUAUCCAUGGAAACUGGGGAAUAUUCUUGUGCAAGACGACCAACUACAUGGAGAAGCUUUGUAUGAACGUUUCAGUGAUUCAUCUGGCAAUGAUUGCUAUAGACCGGUUUGUGGCUGUUUGUUAUCCCCGGAGGAGAAUCAUUACAGCGAAAAGGGCUCGCUUUAUUAUUGCAACCGCUUGGUUUGGUUCAGCUGUUUAUUGUGUCCCUCUGUUUUAUUACGCAAAUUUGUUAGUGAGCAAUGAGAAUGUUUUCUGUAAAACGCGACAUUUUUUUAUCAACUGGCGAAUUUGGUAUUUGUUUUUCCUGUCAUUGCUCGUGCUAACACUGCUUGUUGUGGUCGGACUUUACGCUGCGAUUAUUAUUCGUCUCUGGCGUGGAGAAAGAGGACCCAGAAUCCGGAUGUCAUUCCGAAGCCGUACAAACGCGCGAAUCAACGUCCGUGUUCUCAAAAUGGUAGCCAUGAUAGUUUUUGUAUUUUACUGUUGUAUUUUACCCUACUGGAUCGGUUGGGUAUUCUGUUCGUAUUAUCGCAACGACCUCAUUUGUAGCGACACCUACGUGUUCGUGGUAGUUUUUCUGAUGUAUUCCAACAGCGCAUUCAACCCAGCGAUUUACUCGUUUUUCAACCAUAAUUUUCGUCGGAGCUUUCGUUUUAUUCUAAACAAGCUGUGUAAAUGUUGUUUUACCAACAGAGCGCUUUACAUUCAGCCAGAACCGAAACCAAUUUACGUCAUUGGCAGAGGUUUGCAAGAUUGUGAGGGAACCGACAAGAAGACAGUGCAAUUCAUUUCCAUCCAGAAUCUACAGUGACAUUGACAUGAAAAUCAGCAAUUUGCGCAGUAGAAUUUGUUAAACUUAUCCUGAAAUUUCUUACAUUAAAACCAACAGGGAACGAAAUUAUGCUACUUAGAAUGAAAUGAAAACGAACCUCCUUGAUGAUCCUAAAGCAGUUUUGUCACCCGAAGUUUUUCGUCGUAAUUGCAUCGUAUGUAUCAUGGAGGUAAAAAAUCAUUGAGCGGUCCGGGUUGAUUGGUGAUACUCCUGAGUGUAUGUAAUAAAUACUAAUCAAAAUUUGAACAGUUUUGUUAGAAGUCAUGAGAAAAACUAACGAAUUGACAAAUACAUCAUGCUCUCUGAUAUUUAGUAGGAUUUGAGAGCAAAUACGAAACAGCCUGAUUAAACUAAUUCGAACGACGUGGUUGCAAUUUAGUGAAAGACGAAAUUUGCAAAAAAAAGUUGAAAAUCCUUUAUGAAUGCUGUUUAUCAUUGGGAUUGCAGACUUAACAGAGAUUUAUACUAACACAAAAUCCUUAACAUAAUUUGAGUUCAAAAAAAUAUUUAAAUCGCCAUUAUUGAGUUUCAAUCUACAACUUCCUGUUUACUAAUCCUU